AUGGCGUCCAAGGCUGUCUACCUCCUCGGCGGGCCCAGCAAGGGCACCCGCAUGCGUCCCCUGACGCUCGACAUCCCCAAGCCGCUCUUCCCGCUCGCCGGCCGAGCCAUCAUCUGGCAUGGCAUCCAGGCCCUCUCCAAGAUCCCCGACCUCAAGGAGGUCCUCCUCAUCGGCUUCUACGAGGACUCCGUGCUCGCGCCGUUCAUCAAGCAGGCCAGCAGGGACUUCCCCUCCCUCCAGAUCAAAUACAUGCGCGAGUACGAGGCCCUGGGCACCGCCGGGGGGCUGUAUCACUUCCGGGAUGCGAUCCUCAAGGGCUCGCCCGAGCAGAUCUAUGUGCUCCACUCCGACAUAGCCUCCUCCUUCCCCUUCCUCGAGCUCAAGCACUUCCACGACAAGCAUCGCGGCGUCGGCACCCUCAUGGCCGUCCGGGUCUCCAAGGAACAGUCCACCAAGUUCGGAUGCAUCGUCACCAACCCUGAGACCGCCCAGGCCCUCCACUACGUCGAGAAACCGGAGGCCUUCAUCUCCAACAUCAUCAACACCGGCGUCUACCUCUUCGACAAGUCCAUCUUCGAUGAGAUCAAGGCCGCCAUGGAUCUCAAGGUCAAACAGACCGCCGACGACCCCCUAUCUCGUCAAGACGAUCAGUUGCGUCUCGAACAGGACGUCAUCUCCCCCCUGGCCGACCGUGGGAAGCUAUACGUCUACGAGACCAAGUCGCUGUGGAAGCAGAUCAAGACGGCAGGCUCGGCAUUGCCGGCGAAUGCGCUUGUGUUGGAGUCGUACAAGUCGAACAACCCGGUCCUCCUCCGCCGCCGCUCGCCGACGAUCAUCGCCAAGACCCCGCCGCCGAACCUGCUCGGCCCGGAGAUCGUGGAGCCGUGCUACAUCGACGAGACGGCGGUCAUCGACCCCUCGGCCAAGAUCGGGCCCAACGUCUCCAUCAGCGCCAACGUCCGCAUCGGCUUCGGCGUCCGCGUCAAAGACUCCAUCGUCCUCGACAACAGCCUCCUCGAACAAAACAGCUGCGUCAUGCACUCGAUCCUCAGCGAGGAUACCAAGAUCGGCCCGUGGGCCCGCGUCGAAGGCUGCCCGAACACCAGCGACGCCAAUCCGCUCAAAUUCUCCAUCUCAGUCUUGGCUAAAGACGUCGAGGUGAAGAGCGAGGUGCACGUCCGAAGCUGCAUCGUCUUGCCCCACAAGACCUUGACCCGAUCGUUCGCCAACGAGGUCUUGUUAUGA